AUGUCUGCCAUGGCUCCCUUUAAGGUUGCUGCAGAGGAGGAAACAGGAGCGAGUCUCAGAGCUCAUCAACUUAUUUCUACAUCACACACACAAACCAGGGGAAGUGAUGAAGCUGAAGGCGUCUCGCUGCUGCUCAGACUGAUGUUCAGUCGUCAUCCAGACACGAUGAAGACUCCGUGUGUCUCUCUGCUCCUCGGUGUGUGUGUGCUGCUGCUGUCUGCACCGACUGUUUCUGCAGUGUCUUUGUCUGUAGGUCCAAACCUUCAGCAGGUCUUCAGUGGAUCUUUAGUGGAUCUGAGUUGUGUUGAUGAUGGACAGACAGCUGAUGGAUGGACAGUGAAGAGGACCAGAGGAGGACUCACUGAGGACUGUGGAGCAGCUCCAGCCUUUGGGGGGCUUCUUGGUUCCUACUGUGUUGUGGAUCUUUCUGCUCCCAGUGAAACCUUCUGGUGUGAGGACUCCUCUGGACAGCAGAGUGACAGAGUCUCCUUCAGUGUCCAAUCAGACACUACAGGUGUCAUCCUGGAGAUCCCUGCACUUCCUGUGAGGACAGGAAGUGAUGUCAUUCUGCGCUGCAGACAGAGGAAUGGUGCCACAGUCAAAGCUUAUUUCUUCAUCAAAGGAAGUUCUGUUGGUCCUAAACCAGAGCACAUCAUCACUAACAUCACACAGGCUGAUGAAGGUCUCUACUCAUGUUCUACUGAUGAGAGUGGAAAGUCUCCUCAGAGCUCUCUGAGGGUCAGAGAUCCUCCCAAAAUCAUCCAUCCUCCUCCUCCUCACUGUCCUCCUCCUCCAAGCACCUCCACAAACUUUGCUCCUCCUGUAGAAACUGGUCUUACGUGUCCUCCCUGUUCUUCUCCUCCUCCUCCCUCCCUCCUGGUCCCAGUUGUAGCAGGUCUGGUCUCUGGGCUUCUCCUGGUUCUGGUUCUGGGUGGAGUUCUGUUCCUCUGCAGUAAACUCAAAGGAGGUCGGGGAGCAGACCUGUGGAGCUGUGGAGGUGACGGCUGUCUGAGACGGAGCGUCUGCCUCUGCUUUUCAGGCCUGUUUCUGCUGACUGCUGCAGGUGUGUGUGUGCUGCUGCUGUCUGCUCUGGCUGUUCCUGCAGCUCCUCCUCCCUCUGAGCUCAGACUCUUCUGCCAUCUAGUGGUCUUCUGUCCGUACUGCAUCUCCACCGGUCUGCUGCUGUCCAUCUGCUGGAGCAGGAAGAACAAACCAGCCGUCUCCAUGGAGAUGACCCAGCGUGAUGGAGGUCAGGGAUUGGACAGAGAGUAUGAUGAUGUCACCACUGAGCAUGCCUUCUGAGCUGCGGAGCCUGUUAGUGUUUAAGCUGCAGAUGAUGAUUUUAACUGCUGUCCCACAGCCAGGAGUGUUUAUGAUGGAGCAGCUGCUGCAGCCACAUUUAUGGAGGGUCGGGAGUGCCAACAUGAAUUAAAGAAAUACACCAAUAAUUUUUUAUUUAAAUGUUUCAUUAAUUUCAUUAUUUAUUUCCAAUUUUCAUUAAUUAAUGACAAAUUUGAAUAAUUACAGAUUUAAUUAUUUAACCCUCUGGGUUUGUUAAAAUCACGACCCUUUCAGCUUGUUCGUGGCCAACAGUGGCCUUACCUUACCCCCGAUACCAUGAACACCUCCAUUCACACAUUUCACCUUUGCUGUGAUAUCAGGUUGCAGUUUAACACAGUGAAAGGAUGAAACUUGACAUUUUCUGACACAGUAUCUUGUUUCCUUAUAGAUUAC